AUGGGGCUCAUGGACCAACAAACAGGAACUUGGGAUCAGGAUAUCCUCAAGGAUAUUUUCAUACCUGAAGACGUGAUACGAAUAUUAAAGGUACAUGUAUCACCAGACUAUGAAGACUUGUGGUAUUGGUAUGGGGACCCAAGAGGGGAAUAUUCUGUCAAAGAUGGAUACAGGAAAAUAAUUGGUGACUAUACUGGUCACAUGGGGGGAUUUGAUAAAUUGUUAAAAUUGUGGAAGCUCAAAAUCCCCCCGAAAUGGAAAACAUUUUUAUGGAGAACUUUGAAUGAUAUAUUACCCACUACAAACAACCUACUUAUGAGGAGAGUUGAUAUUGAUCCAACUUGUGCUAUGUGUGGACUCAUUCAUGAAGAUAUAGUGCAUUCUCUAAUCACAUAUGAUGAUGAGAUUGUUUAUGCAGUGGCACUUCUAUAUUAUAUUUGGCGAACAAGAAAUGGGGCUGUAUGGGAUGCAUACUUACCCAGGCCUCGGAAGGUAAUAGCAAUGGCAACCUCGGCGGUAAACGCGUGGAAACUUGUCCACCACGGAUACACACGUACUACGACCACCAUCUCGGCUGUCCGAGCGGAUGUUGGAGGCCGCAAUGUAUUACCGCAACCUGGAGUCCACGAACCUACUGCUGCAAAUAUGGAAGACCGCAUACUGCCUCCCAUUGCCGUGCCACAAUUACUACUGCCAGCCGCACCAAACGCCACGUCCCGCGCUACUCAACUGCCCUUGCGGAAACAAUGUUUUUUCGACGCUGCAUACUCCCAUCUAGCGAACAAAGCAGGGGUUGGUGCAAUUAUCCUCAACGGACAGGGUGGUUUCAUCUCGGCUAUGUCGGCACCAAUAAUAGACUGUUUUUCACCACUCAUGGUGGAAGCUUUUGCAUGCAAGGAGGUUCUGUCUUGGUUAAGGGCCCGUGGGGUAAGGUCUAUCGAGCUCUUCACUGAUUGUUUGAUCUUACAACAAUAUCUAUCGUCUAUGACACGCUCGCCGCACUCAUACCUGGGUUAUGCUAUUGAUAGUUGCAGGACCAGUAUGUUAGCUUUUGAUUAUUGUUCGCUUUGUUAUGUUCCUAGAGUAGAUAAUUAUUUAGCACAUACUUUAGCAUCUACCGCUUUUACUCAGUCAGUUAUUAUGUAUUCGGAUUCUGAUCCGCCAGACUCUAUAUCAGCAUAUUUUGAAUAA